AUGGUUGAAGAAGUUGCAGAUUUCGUCCUCAGUAAUAUCUUCACUUCAUGUUACUUUGCUUCUAUCGUAGUUAUUGAAGUGGCUUUGAUGAAUCCCACUCGUCAGUUUCCUCCCAAAAGUCGUGCCAAUGGAGUUAGAGCAACCCUGAGAUACGGCAAUAAGCCUUAUUGGCCUAUGCAGUGGUAUAUGAAUGAAGAGGUGUUUUCAGUGAAGAAUCAAAAUUACUCUCCAUCUAUGAAAAUUGCUGAAUUUCACAAUUUUAAUUCGAAAGGGGUAAAUGUGGGUGUCGUGAUAAUUGGAAAUUCUCCAGUCAACUGUGAACAUAGUGAAAUCACUCAGCGCUGCUUUCCAAAUUCGUCAGCUUAUAGUUACCAUGCAAAGAAGUGUAUUUUCUUUGGCUGUUUCAAAGGUAAAGUUUGCAUCUCAAACGCAUUACCAACAGCUGUCGCUGGUAUAAUCGGUAUGACAGACCAACUCCAGAAUGGUGGAGUAGAUAUUGUCAUAGAACCAUCUACUAGAGGCGGUUCUCCUGAAUAUGGUGCUGACAAAAUCCUGUCGCACUCUUUCGAUUCUGGGACUUACGUUUUCGUCCAUGUUUGGAGUCUGUCCUCGUACGAGUAUCAAAAUAGAAUUUUACACGCAUUGGAUGAUAUUAAAAUGCUGAAUUUCAAUUCAAAACGGCAGGUUCUUGCUUAA